AUCAGCUGAUUUCGCAUUUCGCACGUUUUGAGGUUAGAAAACUGAUUAAAGGAGGAAAGUCUCAUUGUAACCAUAAAUAUUUUAUAAAUAUUUACGAUAAAAUAAAGCAAAUAUGAACCUGGACUUUUACGACAACAAUUUUCCAAAGGAACAUCCUCGGAAUUUAAUUCCUGAAUUGUGUAGACAAUUUUAUAAUCUUGAAUGGGUUACUGGAACAGGUGGUGGAAUAUCCAUAAAAUAUGAGGACAAGAUUUACAUUGCACCAUCCGGUGUUCAAAAAGAGCGAAUGUGCCCAGAUGAAAUGUUCGUACAGGAUAUUGAAGGCAAAGAUUUGGAACUUCCACCUUCAGAAAAAAAAUUGAAAAAGUCUCAGUGCACUCCUCUUUUUAUGUGUGCUUACAAAUCCAGAAAUGCAGGAGCUGUGAUUCAUACACAUUCCAAAUUUGCAGUAAUGGUCACGCUUUUGUGGCCCGGAAAAGAAUUCCGCACCACACAUUUGGAAAUGAUCAAAGGAAUACGAAAUCAAAAACUAGGACGAGCUUUACGAUACGAUGAGGAAUUAGUGGUACCAAUAAUCGAAAAUACUCCUUUUGAAGAAGAUUUAAAAGAUCGAAUGGCUGAAGUAAUUUCUGAAUAUCCCGAAACUUGUGCUAUAUUAGUUCGCAGGCACGGAUUAUACGUAUGGGGAGAUACUUGGCAACAAGCAAAAACUAUGACAGAAUGUUACGACUAUCUCUUCGAUAUUGCUGUUCAAAUGAAGAAAUUUGGUCUCGACCCGCUCGCGACUCCAGCAGAAAUUGAAUAAAAAAAAUCAGGAGUCAACAAUUUUAUCAAAGAUGAAUAUUAAUAUCAAGAAUCUUGAGAAAAAUCAGGGUAGAUCAAAUAAAAAGAGGGGUAAUUAUUUUUAUUUUUAUACAGGGUGUCUAUUCAAAUCCUAAAAAAAAAAAUGUCCUGAAAAUUCCAGUUUCGCCAAUUUAUUCUAAAUAGUGUUUUUUCUUUCUUUCAAAUUGUAGGCAUUUAAUUAAUAUG